GAAGCAGCAAAGAGAGGAGGAAGAAGAGCAAAUAAAGGUAGAGCUGAGAGAAAGAGAAAACUUGUGAGAGCAUUCGGGAAUAGUUUUGCUUGAAGUCUCAUUGAGACAGGUGACCAUGGAGGCAGCAGAGGCCAUGCAGGCCCCUGUGUGUUUGGUAGAAAACAGGAAUGGAGAGCUGACAGUAAACCAGGAAGCCCUGAGGAUUCUUACUUCCAUUACCAAGCCAGUGGUGGUGGUAGCUAUUGCUGGCCAGUACCGUACUGGAAAAUCCUACCUGAUGAACAGGCUGGCAGGAAAGAACAAAGGCUUCUCCCUGGGCUCCACUGUGCAGUCCCACACAAAGGGCAUCUGGAUGUGGUGUCUCCCUCACCCCAGCAAACCUGACCAUACUUUAGUUCUGCUUGACACUGAGGGCCUUGGAGAUGUGGAAAAGGAUGACUCCCAGAAUGACUCCUGGAUCUUUGCCUUGGCCAUCCUGCUCAGCAGCAUUUUUGUCUACAACAGCAUGAACACCAUCAACAACCAGGCCUUGGAACAGAUGCAAUAUGUGACAGAGCUGACAAAGCUAAUCAAGGUCAAAUCCUCACCUAAUGCUGAUGGAACAGAAGACUCAGCAGAGUUUGUAGACUUCUUCCCAGACUUUGUGUGGACUGUGCGGGAUUUCACCCUGGAGCUUGAGCUGGAUGGCCACCCCAUCACCCCAGAUGAGUACCUGGAAAAUGCCUUGAAACUCAGUAAAGGCAAGAACCCUAAAGUUCAAAUGGCCAACCUUCCAAGAGAGUGCAUCAGAAAAUUCUUUCCAAAACGGAAGUGUUUUACAUUUGACCAUCCAACAAAUGAUAAGUCACUCUUAGCCCAUCUUGAAGAUGCCCAUGAAAGCCAGCUGGAAACUGGAUUCAAGGAUCAGGCAGACACCUUCUGCUCUUACAUCUUUUCCAAUGCAAAACCCAAGACCCUUAAUGGGGACAUCAUGGUCAAUGGGAAUAGGUUGGGAAAGCUGCUGGAAACAUAUAUGAAGACAAUCGCUAGUGGAGACAUUCCCUGCCUAGAGAAUGCAGUGUUGACAUUGGCUCAGACUGAGAAUUCAGCUGCUGUGCAAAGAGCUGCUAACCAUUAUAGAGAGCAGAUGCGCCUCAAGGUGGACUUCCCCACAGAAACUCUCCAGGACCUGCUAAACCUACAUACAGACUGUGAGAAAGAAGCCAUCUCAAUUUUCAUGAAGUAUUCUUUCAAGGAUGACACACAGAAGUUCCAGAAGGAAUUGGUGGAGAUCUUAGAAACUGAGAAGAAACAUUUCAUAAGUCAAAAUGAGGAAGAAUCAACCAAAUCUUGUCAAAUGAAGCUUGAAAUCCUCUUGCAGGCCCUGAGGGAAGCCAUUUCUAAAGGCACCUUCUAUGUGCCAGGGGGUUACAAGCUCUACGGGAAAGAAAGAGAAAACAUGAUAAACAAUUAUCAUCAAGUGCCCAGGAAAGGCAUAAAGGCAGAUGAGGUCCUCCAAAGGUCUCUACAGUCACUGGCAAUGACAGAAGCAUCCAUCCUGAAGACAGAUCAAGCUCUCACUGCCCAAGAGAAGGCCUUGCAAGUUGAACAGGUUAAAAGAGAAGCAGCUGAGAAGGAGAAGAAGUUGUUGGAAGAGCAACAGAUGGAAAUGCAGCAAAAGAUGGAAGCUCAGAAGAGAUAUUAUGAAGAACAAAUCAACCAACUGAAAAAGAAGAUGGAGGAAGAUAGGAUACAGACACUCAGAGGGGAGAAAAUGGAUCUAGAUCAUAAGCUAAAGGUGACCAUGGAAGCAGCAGAGCCUAUGCUGGCCCCCGUAUGUCUUAUAGAAAACAGGAAUAGAGAGCUGAAAGUAAACCAGGAAGCCCUACAGAUUCUUACUUCCAUUACCGAGCCAGUGGUGGUGGUAGCCAUUGUUGGCCUGUUUCGUACUGGAAAAUCCUACCUGAUGAACAGGCUGGCAGGAAAAAACACAGGCUUUUCCAUUGGCUCCACUGUGCAGUCCCACACAAAGGGCAUCUGGAUGUGGUGUGUCCCUCACCCCAGCAAACCUGACCAUAUCUUAGUUCUGCUUGACACUGAGGGCCUUGGAGAUGUGGAAAAGGGUGACUCCAAGAAUGACGCCUGGAUCUUUGCCCUGGCCAUCCUGCUCAGCAGCACUUUUGUCUACAACAGCAUAAGCACCAUCAACCACCAGGCCUUGGAACAGAUGCAAUAUGUGACAGAGCUAACAAAGCUAAUCAAGGUCAAAUCCUCUGAUGGAAAAGAAGACUCAGCAGAGUUUGUGGGCUUCUUCCCAGACUUUGUGUGGACUGUGCGGGAUUUCACCCUGGAUCUUGAGCUCAAUGGUCACCCCAUCACCUCAGAUGAGUACCUGGAAAAUGCCUUAAAACUCAGUAAAGGUGAGCACCCAAAAGAUAAAAUGGCCAACCUUCCAAGAGAGUGCAUCAGAAAAUUCUUUCCAAAACGGAAGUGUUUUAUAUUUGACCGUCCAACAAAUGAUAAGUCACUCUUAGCCCAUCUUGAAGAUGCCCAUGAAAGCCAGCUGGAAACUGGAUUCAAGGAUCAGGCAGACACCUUCUGCUCUUACAUCUUUUCCAAUGCAAAACCCAAGACCCUUAAUGGGGACAUCAUGGUCAAUGGGAAUCGGUUGGGAAAGCUGCUGAAAACAUAUGUGAAGACAAUCGCUAGUGGAGACAUUCCCUGCCUAGAGAAUGCAGUGUUGACAUUGGCUCAGACUGAGAAUUCAGCUGCUGUGCAAAGAGCUGCUAACCAUUAUAGAGAGCAGAUGUGCCUCAAGGUGGACUUCCCCACAGAAACUCUCCAGGACCUGCUAAACCUACAUACAGACUGUGAGAAAGAAGCCAUCUCAAUUUUCAUGAAGUAUUCUUUCAAGGAUGACACACAGAAGUUCCAGAAGGAAUUGGUGGAGAUCUUAGAAACUGAGAAGAAACAUUUCAUACGUCUAAAUGAGGAAGAAUCAACCAAAUCUUGUCAAAUGAAGCUUGAAAACCUCUUGCAGACCCUGAGGGAAGCCAUUUCUAAAGGCACCUUCUAUGUGCCAGGGGGUUACAAGCUCUACAGGAAAGAAAGAGAAAACAUGAUAAACAAUUAUCAUCAAGUGCCCAGGAAAGGCAUAAAGGCAGAUGAGGUCCUCCAAAGGUCUCUCCAGUCACUGGCAAUGACAGAAGACUCCAUCCUGCAGACAGAUCAAGCUCUCACUGUCCAAGAGAAGGCCUUGGAAGUUGAACAGGUCAAAAGAGAAGCAGCUGAGAAGGAGAAGAAAUUGUUGGAACAGCAACAGAUGGAAAUGCAGCAAAAGGUGGAAUCUCAGCAGAAAAGUUAUGAAGAAAACAUCAAGCAAUUGAAAAGGAAGAUGGAGGAAGAAAGGAUCCGGAUACUCAGAGUACAGGAAGUGAUUCUGUAUCAUUUGCAAAAGGAACAAAAGAAGCUGAUGGAGGAAGGAUUUCAUAAGAAAGCUGAAGAGAUGAAGAAACAGAUAGAGGACCUACAAACACAGUUUGAGGCUACUAAAAGAAAUAAGUCCUGGUGGCCCACAAUUUUAGAAACUUUUGGCAAUAGUUUGAUGGCCAUAUUACCCGGUGCAGGAAGAUUCAUUGGCUUGGGUUUAAAAACAUUGGUUGAUGUUCUACCCAAGUCAAAGGUGUUUCAGUUUUUCAAAAAGAGUUAAAGAAUAUAUUUAUUCUACCCUUUAAGACAUGGCACUGACAUCUCCUUGUGUGUGUGUGUGCAUGCAUGUGUGUGUGUGAGUGUGUGUUUCCUGCUACUAAUUCAUUCAAGUAUUAAGAAGUAAAGCUAGGGGCAGCUAGGUGGCGAAGUGGAUAGAGCAUUGGCCCUGGAGUCAGGAGUACCUGAGUUCAAAUCUGGCCUCAGACACUUAACACUCACUAGCUGUGUGACCCUAGGCAAGUCACUUAACCCCAAUUGCCUCACCAAAAAAAAAGAAGAAGAAGAAGAAGUAAAGCUGAUGCUCACCACACAGGAUAAAAAACAUUGAAGGAAAUUCACAUGCAUCCAUUUCCUUAGUGUUAAUGAGAUAAGACUUUAUUCCAUUAAGUGAAAUGCUUCUUUUCUUUAAGGCAAAUGGUUUGGAAGGGAGAGAGGUUGAGUUCUCCCUUACCUUUUGAGGGCUCAGAUCAUUCAGAGAUAGAAGGAGCCUGGAAAGUCAUGGAAUCUAAUUGCUUCACUUUACACAUGGCUCCUUGGUGGUGCAAUGGGUGAUGAAAGGAAAAAGAUCAAUAAUCCAUGCAUUGAGUGCUUUGUUCUUUAUCGCCUUGCUAAUCUUUUAUCAAUUAUAGCUAUUGGCAUAAGAACUAAUUGUAUGAUCAUAGUAAAGACAUAAUCCCAGGUUAAAAAAAAAAAACUGUGUGUAACCAAACUAUGAUGUAAUUCCAGGAAAUUCCUAUAGUAGUUAACAUGUGUAACUAAUUAUAAGAGUGUGUGACUGUCUUAACAUUAAUCGCCUUUAUUUUAAAAUGUAGUUGUUACAAAAAUGGACUCCCCUUUCACAACAACAUACUGGAACAACAAAUUUAUGUAAUAGCAGUUUUUCUACUAGACAGGGACCAAGAAAACUAUUAGGGACUGUGGAUUCUGUAUCUCAGGGUCUCAGACUGUACUGGACAGACCAUAGACCCCACCUUUGUUUCUCUUAAUAAAGGUUGGACUCUUUGUCCAGAGAGGCUUCCCAGUUUCUUUUCUACAGUGGAGCAUGACUUGAAAUCAGAAAGGCCUGAGUUCACAUGUAGCAUCAGACAAUUACAAGCUGUAUGACCCUAGAAAGUCACUGAACCUAUCUGUGUCUCAGUUUCCUUAUCCAUAAAAUGGGGGUAAUACAAACACCUACUUCACAGGCUUCGUGUGAUAACCAAAUGAGUAAAAAAAAAUUUGAAACCUCAAAGUGCUAUAUAAAUGCUAUUAAUAUUAUAAAACACUGAAGCAGUGCAGCCAAAAUUAGAAGGGAAGCAGAAAGCUGGGAAAUAAUUUUUACAGUCAGUGUUUUUUAUAAAGACCUCAUUUCUAAAAUAUAUAGAGAUGUAAA